AGAUACUAAGCUGAAAUGGCAUGUUUGGGAUUACACAAAAAUCCUGAAAUAUUUCUUCAGUACAUUGCCAAAGUACUUUUGUAGACCGAUUUCUUCAUGUUCAUCAGCAUAAAUAAUUCUGCAAGUAAUGCAAAUCGCAAAAGCUGAUGAUGCACUCAUUUGCUUAAUAAACCAUUUAUUAAAUCAUUUAUUUAUGUGCAUCUCUGCAAGUAUGGGCUGUUGUCAAAAACAGGAAACCGACUUCCUUCCUUGAGCCUUUGUCAGGUAGCUGACAGACAUUCCUUCAGUCCCUCUCCACAUGAAUCUCAGCGAGCAGCCCACUGCUGUCCACAGAUAUCCUCUUAGUGAAGCAUAUAAUACUUCUACCAUCAUUCAUAAGGUGAUUAGGGGUUUUUAGAAACAGUAAUGCUUUGUAUUUAAAUAUGCAACACAAUCCCAAGAAUGUAAACAGAAGCCGGACCGCCCAGCUGAAUAAUCCUGGUCAAACACACACCCUGAAAAACCUGAUCGGCUGCAUCUUCUGGCUCGGUGGUCUGUGUUUUGUAAACAUGAGCUGGUCAGCCAGUAGCAGUUGGUUUCACAGAAUUAAUUAGCAUAUUUAAAGAGGCCCCUCCUCUUAUUUCAGUUGGCCGGAUUCUUUCUCUCUCUCUCUCAUCCCUCCCUCGUAAGCACACUUUCUUUCCUGACACACUCUGCCGGAUUGUGAAAAUCACACACGCCGUCACCGCAGCGUCUCUAUUAAUCUGGAUGAACUUUAGAAAGGCAGCUAAAAGGAAGCGUUUUAGCAUGUGAGGAUUACUCUUGUCAACAUUUCUGAUUUUGUUCCAGCCUCGCCUGCUUCAUCCAUUCUUUGGAUUACUCUGAAAGCUGUGGGAUUUCCCUGUCACUUCUGGAUCUUUUUCCACUGCUCUUGCUGGUGGUUUUCAAAAAGCGCUGCUGAGGGAAACAAGAGCGGCACGCCUCACGUUUUUGCAUAUCUACCUGCCAUCCUCAUUCCUCAUCCUAGCUGAUCACUUCAUAUUUGCGCACUCCUGGAUUAGCGCUUCGGUCAGCUGACCAAUCACCUUCCUGCGACCUCACACCACGCCUCAUCCCAGGCCUCUGAGGGCCAUCCCCGGUGGCCUAGUCACAGUGCGUUGCGGUGGGCCGGGGUCGCCCCCUGCUCCCUAUGACUGUGCCAGGGAGACAGAGAGCCGCUGGGCCUGGGAGAGAGACGAGAGCAGAGGCCAGCGGAUGGAGAGCAGCGGCUGCAGCCCCUUCCCUCUGUGCUGGGCACGAGGAGCCUGCGUCUACUCCUACCCUCCCCCUCUGCCAAAAUAUGACGGACAGUUAGCACCCAGCAAAGCCAUGGCAGCGGCUUACCUGGACCCCAGCCUGACCCAUGCUCUGAACCAGGGGGUCAAGCCUCGCUUCAGCACAGGGAUGGAGCGCACGUCAGGGGCUCUGGAGCGCGUACUCAGAGUCUUCCACUACUUCGAGAGCAGUAGUGAACCCUGCACCUGGGCCAGCAACAUCCGACACGGGGACUCAACCGAUGUCAGGGGCAUUAUACAGAAGAUCGUGGACAUCCAUAAGGUGAGGUGUGUGUCCUGCUUUGGUCUGCGCCUGAGCCACCUGAGAACAGGGGAAGUUCAUUGGCUCCACCCCGACAUGGGCGUGUCUCACGUGAGGGAGCGGUACGAGCACAGCCAUCCCCAGGACGACUGGAGAUACGAGCUGCGGAUUCGAUACUUGCCUAAAGGAUUUUUAAACCAGUUUACUGAGGACCAGCCAACUCUCAACUACUUUUAUCAUCAGGUGAAAAGUGAUUAUAUGAUGGAGAUUGCCGAUCAAAUUGAUCAAGAUGUAGCACUUAAACUUGGCUGCCUUGAAAUCAGGCGGUUUUUCAAGGACAUGCGUGGAAACGCCCUGGAUAAAAAAUCAAAUUAUGAAUUAAUAGAGAAGGACGUUGGUCUGCGGAGAUUCUUUCCAAAGAGUUUAUUAGACUCAGUAAAGGCUAAAUCCCUGCGGAAACUGAUCCAGCAGACUUUUAAACAGUUCGCCAAUCUGAACGACGAGCAGUGUAUCCUCAAGUUCUUUGAGAUCCUUUCACCUAUAUACAGAUUUGAUAAGGAGUGUUUUAAAUGCGCUCUCGGGUCGAGCUGGGUGAUAUCAGUGGAGCUGGCCAUCGGACCCGAGGAGGGCAUCAGUUAUUUGACGGACAAAGGCUCAAACCCAACACACCUCGCUAACUUCACACAACUGCAGAGUAUCCAGUUCGAGGAGCGAGACAAGAAGGGAAUGCUGCAGUUAGAUGUGGCUGGAGCACCUGAGCCUCUGACAGUAACAACUACAGCACUGAACACAGCGGAGAACAUGGCCGAUCUCAUUGAUGGUUACUGUAGACUCGUUAACGGAACUUCGACAUCGUUUAUUGUCCGUGUACAGAAAGAAGGAGAGAGAGCUCUUCCAUCUAUCCCAAAGGCUCCAAAAUCAGCAAACCAUGAGAAAAGACUGCAAGGAGUCCGGGCCAAAGCCAUCUCCGUUUCAGAUGAUAUUGGUGGGGAUGAAACAGAUGACUACGCUGAGAUCAUAGACGAAGAGGACACAUACACCAUGCCUUCCAAAUAUUAUGGACUAGAUGAAGCCAGGGACUAUGAGAUCCAAAGAGAUAGAAUUGAGCUGGGACGCUGUAUUGGAGAGGGCCAGUUUGGAGACGUCCAUCAAGGGAUUUACAUAUGUCCGGAGAACCCAGCUCUUUCUGUGGCGAUAAAGACGUGUAAAAAUUGCACCUCGGACAGUGUUCGAGAGAAAUUUCUCCAGGAGGCCUUGACCAUGCGACAGUUUGAUCACCCACAUAUUGUAAAGCUGAUUGGCGUCAUUACAGAAAACCCAGUGUGGAUCAUCAUGGAGCUGUGCACACUGGGGGAGCUGCGUUCCUUUCUUCAGAUUAGGAAGUACAGUCUGGAUUUAGCAUCACUCAUCCUGUUUUCUUACCAGCUCAGCACAGCUCUUGCAUACCUGGAAAGCAAACGCUUUGUACACAGGGACAUUGCAGCACGGAACGUUCUGGUGUCUUCAGUGGACUGUGUGAAGCUGGGAGACUUUGGUUUGUCUAGAUACAUGGAGGACAGCUCUUAUUAUAAAGCCUCUAAAGGAAAACUGCCUAUUAAAUGGAUGGCACCAGAGUCAAUAAACUUCAGACGUUUUACCUCAGCCAGUGACGUGUGGAUGUUUGGGGUGUGUAUGUGGGAGAUACUGAUGUACGGUGUAAAGCCAUUUCAAGGCGUGAAGAAUAACGAUGUGAUAGGCCGAAUUGAGAACGGCGAGCGUCUGGCUAUGCCGCCCAAUUGCCCACCAACCCUCUACAGCCUGAUGACCAAGUGCUGGGCGUAUGACCCCAGCAAACGACCACGAUUCACAGAGCUCAAAGGCCAGCUAAGUACAAUCCUCGCGGAGGAGAAGGCUCAGCAGGAGGAGCGCAGCCGCAUGGAGAUGAGGAGGCAGGUCCCCGUAUCCUGGGACAUAGGAGGCUCGGACGAAGCACCACCCAAAGGGCCCAGAAGGACACCCUCUGUCCCCCACAGUGCCACCCAGCCUGCUUUCUUCGACCCCUACUAUCCAUCCAUGCAACAGCUGAGCCUGAUCCACGUGCCCUACAGAUUUUCACAGCCCAGUCGACCUGGUUAUCCAAGUCCCCGCUCCAGUGAAGGGUUCUACCCUAGUCCUCAGCACAUGGGCCAGCACAACCAUUACCAGAUGGCAGGGCACUCUGGCCCACACGGCUUGCUUCCAGUGCCCAGUGGGAUGUACCUUACCCAGGCCACAGGGACUGUACUUGAUCCCCAUGACAGCUGGAACCAUUGCAGGGCUGCUCAGGAUCACAUGUGGAAUCCCAGCAUGGAGGAUGGUGUGGCUGUGCGUGGUGGUCUAUCUCAGCUGAUGGAGGAGCAGUUAUUGCUGCAGCAGCAGCAGAUGGAGGAUGAUCAGCGUUGGUUGGAGCAGGAGGAGAGACUACUGAAGCCUGAUGGGAGAAGUUCCAGAGGCAGCAUCGACCGUGACGAUGGAAGCUUACAGGGAACAACUGGAAACCAGCACAUCUACCAACCUAUAGGGAAAGUAGGUGAGUGGGAACACGCAGCACCUCCUAAAAAGCCUCCUCGGCCCGGAGCUCCCGGCCACCCAGCAGGAGUCUCCAGCCUCAACCCUACAGACAGCUACAAUGAAGGCAUGAAGCCCUGGAGGAUUCAGCCUCAGGAGAUCAACCCACCCCCAACAGCUAACUUAGAUCGGUCCAACGAUAAGGUCUAUGAAAAUGUGACCGGGCUGGUGAAGGCUGUGAUUGAGAUGUCCAGUAAAAUCCAGCCAGCUCCCCCUGAAGAAUACGUGCCCAUGGUGAAGGAAGUGGGCUUAGCACUGAGAACACUGCUGGCCACUGUGGAUGAGACGAUACCUCUACUACCAGCUCACACGCACAGAGAGAUCGAAAUGGCUCAGAAGCUUUUAAAUUCAGACCUGGCUGAGCUGAUCAAUAAGAUGAAGUUGGCCCAGCAAUAUGUCAUGACCAGCCUGCAGCAGGACUAUAAGAAACAGAUGCUAACAGCUGCACACGCACUUGCCGUAGAUGCCAAGAACCUGCUGGAUGUGAUUGACCAGGCCAGGCUGAAGAUGUUGGGCCAGACACGGCCGCAUUAGGCCCCACUAGAGGAUAUGACGACGCAUGUGAUGCCCUGGAAAAACACACCAGCACAGACUUGAACACUAAUGGAGUCUCAAGGGCCCCCUUCACUACUCACUGACCCUCACGUUUAACCUGCACGGUAGACCACGGGUGCCGUGAGGAAGGCUCUGGAUUUGUUUAACAGAUGAGCUGGACCGGACCAGACUCAUCACGACUGGUCUCUUCGAGACUAGACGCUGAGAGGACGAUUCUGAGCUCUGCUAUAAGCUUUAAACAUCUCUGGAGGAAAACAGACACUCUUACACUGUAUCUAGUAUGUCUGUGUUUCAUCGACAAGCCUAAGCUCUGCAGCCAGACCACACAAAUCUAGAUCCCGCGCGCUCGGGUUCUGGCUGUAGAAUCAUAGAAGUUGAGAUUCGGUUUUGCACAGUAGAACUUGAGUAGAGUCUGGGUUUGACGAGUCUGGUUUUGCUUUGCAGACUCCCACGCUUCUCCCUAGGACUAAAAGGGACAGCGUUGUAUAUUUGGGCCUUGUGCCACCUAGAGGUUAAAUAAAGCUAUGACUGAAUUAAAAAAU